GCGCAGAGGGUCAUAUUUAGGGUCAUAUUUAGGGGCAUGAGCUGCGCUGUUUGGUCCGGGGAGGAGCUGCGGCCUCGGGCUGCGGCGCUACUUCCUGCGCCGGUCCGGGGAAGAGGAAGAGGCCGAGGAAGAGGAGAGCCGGAGGAAGAAGCCCCCCUCCAGGAUUAUUGCGCUCAGCGUCGCUAGCUCGUCGGCUAACGGUCCGGACAGCAGCCAUGAAGAGCCGCUGGAGCCAGUGAAAGUUCGCCGCCUCUCACUUCUGGACUCUAAUCGACGGCUGCGCGGUUCGGGAAGUUCGGGUAACUGGGCCAGAACCCGCUGGAGAAGCCCGACCUGAAGAGACUCGGCUGGCGGAGGAGCGAAGAUGAAGAAGCAGUUCAAUCGGAUGAAGCAGCUCGCUAAUCAGACUGUUGGCAGAGCAGAGAAGACAGAAGUCCUCAGCGAUGACCUCCUGCAGAUUGAGCGGCGCAUGGAGUUGGUCCGCGUUGUUUCCCACAACACGCACAAGAAGAUGGUGUCAUGUCUGCAGGGUCACAUCGGAGCAGAAGCAGAGAAGAGACAUUCUGUCCCGCGCCUCUAUACAGGAAACGGUCAGAAAAAGCUUCCUCUCACCGCUCUGUCCCAGGCCAUGGUGGAGGGAGGAACCCAGCUGGGGGAAGACUCGUUGAUGGGGAAGAUGAUGGAGGUGUGUGGCGAGGUGGAGAACCGUCUGGCCACAGAGCUGAUGCAGCACGAGCUGCAGAUGGAGAAGGAGGUUCUGGACCCGCUCAGCCAGCUGGCAGAGGUAGAAAUCCCAAACAUCCUGAAGCAGAGGAAGCAGCUGGCCAAGUUGGUGCUGGACUACGAUUCUGCCAGAGCCCGGUGGUUGCAGGCGACCAAGUCGAUAAUCUCAGGAACAAACACUCAGGCGCUGACGGCCAAGGCGGACCUGCUGAAGGAGGAAGUGGACGAGGCCAUGAACAAGGUGGAGCUCUGCAAGGACCAGCUGGCUGCAGACAUGUACACCUUCUUCUCUAAAGAAGGCGACUACGCCCACUACUUCAUCACCCUCCUGGAGGCUCAGGCUGAUUACCACAGGAAGUCUUUGUCUGUCCUGGAGAGCGUUCUGCCGGCCAUCCGGGCCCAGCAAGACUCCUGGAUAGAGAAACCGGCGUUUGGAACGGCUCUGGACGAUCACCUGAAGAGGAGCGGCAGAGAGAUCGCCGUGCCGAUGGAGGCCUGCGUCAUGAUGCUGCUGGAGACGGGCAUGAAGGAGGAGGGUCUGUUCAGGAUCGCAGCUGGAGCCUCCAAGCUGAAGAAGCUGAAGGCGGCGCUGGACUGCUCCACCUCCCAGCUGGAGGAGUUCUACUCGGACCCCCACGCUGUCGCCGGCGCUCUGAAGUCGUACCUGCGGGAGCUCCCUGACCCUCUGAUGACCUCCCAGCUUUACGACGAGUGGAUCCAGGCCUCCAGUGUUUCAGACCCAGAUAAACGGCUGCAGGCGCUCUGGCUCGUCUGUGAUAAACUACCAAAGAACAACAGGAACAACCUGAGGUACCUGGUGAAGUUUUUAGCCAGACUGGCUCAGGACAGCGAGACGAACAAAAUGACACCGAGCAACAUGGCCAUCGUCCUGGGACCCAACCUGCUGUGGGCCAAGACUGAGGGGAGUCUGGCGGAGAUGGCGGCAGCGACCUCAGUGCAUGUGGUGGCCAUCAUAGAGCCCAUCAUCCAGCACGCCGACUGGUUCUUCCCUGAGGACGUGAAGUUUAAUGUUUCCGGCAUGUUUGUGAUGCCGCCGCCGGCAGCGUCCAAUCACAGCAGCCCGCCGGACGCCGACUGCAGCGUGGAGAGGAAGAGGAGCAGCAUGCUGGGAGCAGACGCUGACGCCACGCGGAGAGACAACUCUAACAAGCAGUCGGACCCCGCCCUCCGUAGAGGCAGUAGCACCUUAGCUAGAAAGCAGCACACCUCACCUGCCUUCCAGCCUCCCCUGACCCCUGUGGAGGCCCCCAUCCUGGGCCCUGGGGUCCCUCACGGCCCCCAGGGCCCUCAGGUUGACUCUCAGCCCCCGCCUCCAGUGGGGGGGUCGGGGCUGGACGGCCCCCAGCUCAGCCUGGUCCAGGAUCUGGCAGCAGCGCAGCAGCUGCUGACCCAGAACACAGAGGAGCUCAGCAGCCUGAAGCUGCGGGACUGCGCUGCGGCGGCGCCCACGCCGGUUCCUCAGAGGAACGGUUCUGGAGGCGGCGGGUCGUCUGGGACCGGAUCCAUGGGGCCCAGUCCUCACACGAUGCGGCGAGGUACCAAGAAGCAGGCUCCGCCCCCUCCCAAGCCGUCCAAUCCCCUGCCCAGCCAGCCGGUGGCCCCGCCCUCCUCCUGCGGCCCCGCCUCCCCCCCGCCCUGCGCCGCGCCCCGCCGCCACUCCAACAACCAGCCCCCCCUCCACGCCCCCAACCACCCUCCGCCGGCGCCGCCCGCUCCGGGCCCCCCGCCCUGGACCGACCCGCCCUGCCCAGAACCAGAACCCUCUCCUCCGGGUACCCCGAGCCCCCCGGACUCCCCCCCUCCCCCCUCCACCGCCGGCCAGGACGCCGUCCCGCCCCCGACCCAGUCCGGGUUUGGGUCGCUCCCCCGGCCGCGUCCAGUCCCGAAGCCUCGGAACCGGCCCAGCAUGCCGCCGCCGCCGCAGCCCCCCGCCCUGAGCGGCGACACCAACGGCGUCUGCAAGAUGGCGGAGCCGCUGAUGUCUUUGAAGAGACCCGGUCAGGCUUCCGUACCCGAGCUCACUGUGGACCAGCAGCUAACGGCCGCCAACUCUUCCUCCUCCUCCUCUUCCUCCUGCGACCUGGACACUGAGAGCACCGCUCUAUGAGGACCAGUGCAUGACCUCACGAUGACCUCACGGCCCAGCCCUCCACACCGUCGCGUCCUGCUCAUAUGAACUGAACUGAUUCACGUGGUUCGACGCGUCACACUGCCCCCUACUGGCUGCUGUUAUGUACUACACACACAAGUGUCUUUAAGCCAAAGUUCCUGUUGGAAGCGACAUAGCAGCUUCUCUGUGUAACAUCGUUCUCUCACACACACACACACACGCACACACACACACACACACCACCAGGUGUGUUUCUACACGGCUCUUUGUUCUGAAUUAGCUGGAGACAAUCGGAGUCGGUGAAAAUGACGGGACGAGUUUUCUUCCUGUUUUCUAGUUGAAUCUGAUUCAGAUCAGGUGAAGAAGUGACUGCUGGUUCUCAGUCAUCAGUUUCUCCUCCAUGUUUGUAUUUAUUAGGUGGUUUAAGAACACACACACACACACACACACACACUGCAGUUCAGCGCCAGCCAUGCCUUACGGUUCUGUUUCUGCCUUCAGGGACAUGAGCUGCCAUCCCUCACUAGAACCCGGUUCUGGUCAGAGUUUCUGCCUUUCCUCAGCGCCGUCUGGGUCAGAGUGAAUGUAGAGUGGGCCGGUUCCGAGCGACCGGUUUUGCACAGAUGGACUGAUGAUGAUGAUGACAAUGCCUUCGUCCCCCUCUGAGCUGACAGGAAGCCUCAGCCAUGACGCCGGGGGAGGUUCUGCCGGGUCGGGUCUCGCUCGGUGUGUUUGGGUCAGACGGAACAUGAAGGCGUUGGCCGCUCGGCUCUCCCUCCUGAACCUCGCUGCCUUAUUUCCCAGAAUCCUUCAGGCUCAUUUAUUGUAACGUUUAUCAUGUUUUCUGAGCUGAAAUAUGAAAAAUCCUGUAAUAUUGAAGCUUCCCAAAGAAAAUAAAGUAUAUGAAGAUUAAACAUGUUUGAUGGCAUCUGCAUGUUUCUGAUCAGAAUAAUCAGGAAAUGUUUUAUUACGAUAAAAAAUGUGGAAAAAUAAAAACCCUUAUUAAAUCA